AGGCGGCGGCCAGCGCGCCCCGCCCUUGCGACACCGCCCUGCGUGCGCGCGCCCAGCCAGCCCCUUGGAUUAUUACAGCGCCGGGGGCGGUGGUUGGCGUCGGGCAAGGCGGCGACAUGGCGACAACGCUGCUUGUAGUAUUGGGGCUCGCGCUGCUGAGCGCUGACAGAGGCACCGGGGCGGGUAGCAGGAUCUCUACUUCCGUAGUUGAUGAGAACUCUACAACACGCCUCACCUGCACCUUGAAUGACAGCAACAUCCCGAUCGUUGGCCAUCAAUGGAUGAAGGGGGACAAGGUGCUGCAAGAGGACACGGAGCCAGGCCUGACGACGCAGUACGAGGUGGACAUAGACAAGCGUGCGGGACAGUACUUCUGCGUGUUCCUCCCGGAGACUGUGGGCAGGGCCAGCGUGAACGUGGAGGGGCCCCCCAAGGUGAAUGCUGUGAAGAAGUCAGAGCAAGCCACUGAGCGGGAGGAGGUCGUGCUGGUCUGCAAGUCGGAAUCCUUCCCCCCGGUCAGCAACUGGGAGUGGUACAAGAUUAGUGAUGCCGGAGACCAGGUCCUCACCAACAACUCCCAGGACAGGAUAUUCGUGGUGUCCACGGAGACAAAGACGGAGCUGCACAUCCGGGACCUGGACCUGAAGGUGGACUCUGGCCAGUACAUCUGCAACGGCACCAGUGCAGAGGGCAGCGGGCAUGCCGUCAUCACACUGCGCGUGCGUAGCCACCUUGCCGCCCUCUGGCCCUUCCUGGGCAUCGUGGCAGAGGUGCUCGUGCUGGUCACCAUCAUCUUCAUCUAUGAGAAGCGGCGGAAGCCGGAUGAGGUCCUGGAUGAUGAGGACACCGGCUCCGCUCCCCUGAAGAGUAGUGGGCACCACGUGAACGACAAAGGCAAGAAUGUCCGCCAGAGGAACGCCAGCUAAGUGCGCUCCCAUGCCGGAGAGCGCCUCGGCUAGAUGUGAGGUUCUGUGUGAGACUCCUGCUGGCCCCUGCCUGUCCCCGUACUGGCCCCCCACCCCUAACCUGGGCAUUUAGCCUCCUGGUCCAUCACACUGGGGGGCAGUGGAAGGCAGACUGCAUUUUUCCAAGGCUCCUGCCAUGGCUCCAGCAUCCUGCUCGUCUACAGCCACUGCUGUUGUGUCACCGCAGGUCUGUGUGACAUGGGACAGUCCUGCCUGCAUGGCCGCCCCUCAGGUAUCCUCCCUCACUGCUCCAGCAGUCCCCACACUGAGGGGUGGUCUGGUUGACCAUCGCAGCGGGAGUUUCUGUGACGGCUUUUUUCCUGUCUGCCUAUGGCGACUGCAGAAUCGCCCUCGGCAGCUGGGCCUGAGGCUUCUUCCUGUCCACAGCAUCCUGACUCCCACGGGAACCCCCACCCCACUUGCCUGCUCACCAAUAAAGUCUGCCCCACCUUGUC